CGCCCGGGCGGCGCUUCCCCCCCGCUCCCCGUCGCCUCCCCCUCCUCCGCAGCGGGAGCGAGAGCAGCCUCCGCCCGGCGCGCCCGGCAGCGCCGGGGCCGCUCGCCGGCCGUGCCGCCCCGCCAGGACGUCGCCGCCGCCGAUGGCCGCCCCGCUGCCCGGUGUGCCCGGCGCUGGGCGGGCGGCGGAGCCCGCUGGCGGCGGCCCCCGCGGCUCCCCCCGCCCGCCACCUCGGCCCCCCGGGGACAACCCGCCGCCCUUGCCCCCCGACAGGAGAAAAAAGAAAGAUGACAGUAUUUUGGAGAUCCCAUCAAUUCCAAAUCCUUUUCCUGAGCUGUGUUGCUCGCCGUUUGCAUCAGUUUUGUCAGCCAGUCUGUUGCCCAAGGCAACUUCAAGAAAAAAACAGGUAAUCAAAGUGUAUAGUGAAGAUGAUACUAGCAGAGCUUUGGAAGUACCCAGUGAUAUAACAGCCAGGGAUGUAUGUCAGCUCUUGAUAUUGAAGAACCACUAUAUUGAUGACCACAGCUGGACUCUCUUUGAACAACUUACCCACACAGGUUUAGGAAGAGCUAUAGAAGACCAUGAAUUAGUGAUGGAAGUUCAAUCAAAUUGGGUAAUGGAAGAGGAAACCAAACUGUAUUUUAGAAAAAAUUAUGCCAAGUAUGAGUUUUUUAAAAACCCCCUGAACUUUUUUCCAGAUCAUAUGAUAUCUUUUCCAAGUGAGACAAAUGCUGCUCUAAGCCACUCUGGGAUAUUACAGAUGUUCCUAAGCUCCAGCACAUAUCCUGAGAUUCAUGGUUAUUUGCAUGCAAAGGAGCAGGGGAAAAAAUCAUGGAAAAAAAUGUAUUUUCUUUUAAGAAGAUCUGGCCUUUAUUUUUCCACUAAAGGUACUUCUAAGGAGCCAAGGCAUCUGCAGUUUUUCUGUGAAUUCAGCAAUAGUGAUAUGUACAUGUCUUUAACAGGCAAAAAGAUUUCUGGAGCACCAACAAACUAUGGAUUCUGCUUUAAGCCUAACAAAUCAGGAGGAACCAGAGACCUGAAACAGCUCUGUGCAGAUGAUGAACAAAGUAGGACCUGUUGGAUGACAGCAAUUAGGUUGCUUAAGUAUGGGAUGCAGCUCUAUCAGAAUUACAUGCAACCAUAUCAAGGUAGAAGUGGCUGCAGCCCUUUGAAUUUAACACCUAUGAGAAGCAUUUCAGAAAAUUCUUUAGUAGCAAUGGAUUUCUCAGGACACAGAAGCAGAAUUAUAGAAAAUCCAACGGAAGCCCUUUCGGUUGCAGUUGAAGAAGGAUUAGCAUGGCGGAGGAGAGGGUGUCUCCGACUCAACUCACAUGGUAGUCCUAUUGCCAUGUCUAACAUGGCUAUACACAGAUCUCAGUCGUGGUUUCAUCAUAAAAUCUCUAGAGAAGAGGCUCAGAGACUUAUUUUGCAGCAUGGACUUGUAGAUGGGGUAUUCCUGGUACGUGAUAGCCAAAGUAACCCCAAAACAUUUGUAUUGUCAUUGAGUCAUGGAUUAAAAAUAAAACAUUUUCAAAUUGUACCAUUGGAAGAUGAUGGGAAGCUAUUCUAUACCCUUGAUGAUGGUCAUACCAGAUUUACUGAUCUCAUCCAGCUAGUGGAAUUCUACCAACUUAAUAAAGGAGUUCUGCCUUGCAAGUUAAAACACUAUUGCGCACGAAUUGCUCUUUAACCAAAGCAUCUGUUGUUUCAUCAGAGGGAAAGGAAGAUACUAGAAUACUUUUCCCCUAGAGGCAAUUUGUAUAGUAAAAAGGGGGCAAAAAGCAUUACAUUGUAAAGAUUCUAUGUUUAAGCUGCAAAAAAAAUUUAUAUUCUAUAUAGAUAAGAACUUUGCUUUGUGAUUGUCACAGCAAAAUUAACUUUAUGGUUUUAAAAAACCGUUCUUUCCUAUGUAAUUCUUCAGUGCUGUCUUGUACUUUGGGUUUUUUUUCAACUGAAAACAGUUUUGAAAAAUAUUGUCUAUCUCCUACAAAAAUAUAACUGAAGGAAGAUCUUCGUUCUUAGGUUAAAAAUUAACUUUUUGUCUCUAUAAAUGUUUCUCAUAAUUUCUGUUCAUCACAUAAAAGAAUAACAUUUACUGUGGUGAGGUUAAGAAGCUGAACUGCACAUUUUAUUUGUAAAUAAAAUGAAUAAAUAUUUUGCACUAUAUUUUUGAAUGCUACUUUGAGGAUUAUCAUAUCCAAAAAGUGAAAAAAUCAUUAAAACCACUUAUAACUGCUCAGUUGUAUUGAGUUGUGCUAUUAUUGUUGUAAUAUUUUAAAGGAUUUUUUUUUUCUCUAAUGACUAAAUCUAUAUCUUUGUACAGAGCAGGAGUGUCACUUUCUUGGCUGUGGAAUGUAUAAACAUGCAUAAGUUAUUAUGUAGUGCAUAACAUGGUUUAGUGCAUACCUAUAGUCUCCGACACAGAGAGAGAGAGAGAGAGAGAGAGACCUCUUAAAUUUUGUGGAUUGUUGCACAGUUAAGAAGGGAAUCAACUUCAGUUACUCUUUAAAAAUAAAGGUAAUGUCUUAAUAUUUGCAAAUUAACAAUAUUUACAGUACUUGCAAAUAAAAAUAAAUUCAGUGGGCUUGACUCUGCUGAAAACCUUGUGAAA